UAAAAAUGCAUUUACAUAAAAUGAAAAUACUUAAAAUUAAAUCGAGAUUACGAGUAAAUAAAACAUGUUUCACGUAAAAUCGGUAUGUUUAUUUUCGAUUUUGCAUUGGAAUGACAUGUUUUCAUUAUAUCACCGAGUGUAAUUAUUCUAUACACCGUAUUUUGUAGUGUCUGCUUGUGAUCCUAUAGGAAUAUCGAUUGAAGCAUGUACAGCUUGUCUAUGAGAAUUCGCGAGUUUCACAAUUUCUGUUUUCGAAAGUACAUGCUUUCUGGAAUAUAUACUGUGCGUGUUUCUCCGAUAAUGGAAUUAUUAAACCUUGAUAUAAGGAGAGGGCGACAAUAACAACAAUGUGAAGGUCGUGUUUCAGGGGAUUUCUUGUUAAAUCCCUUUUUGAGAGGAUAGCGGAGAAAGUCGUUAAGCUGUCAUAUAUGUCCAAUAAAAUACAUAAAAUAUAUGAAAACUACAGUACACUAAAAACACGACAGAUUGAAUAAGUUUGUCGCAUUUGUCGUUUUAUCAAUGGACUAAUCGGAAUUUUCGCUGUUUAUGGUUGACGUAUUAAGCGUUGAACUGUGGAACUACCUUAACAUUUACUUAAAGCCUAUAACUACAAAAGGUAUAUAGUUAAACUACUAGUUUAAAGUAAUCACCUUUAAUAUAAACAGAGAACGCGAGAGUUAAAUAUGUAUAGAUCUUUAAGAUCAAUUUUAUCUACAUAGAAGUGUUGUGUUUAAUUCAGGUCGCUAUUUAACACUCGGAUCUUAAUAUGAAGUAUUUCAAAUAAGAAAGGUAGAUUUUUCUGUUCGAUUAAAGACAUCAUUAGCCUCUGUUCUGAUUGAAGAUUCGAAUUUUUUUCUGAAGUCUGGAAUUUACAUUUCGAUUUGUUAAAAGAUAAGUAGCACGGUGUUGUGGGUUCGAAAUAUAUAUGAAAUGCAGGGAAUAAAGUUAAUUGGAAACAUGUGUGUCUUUUGAAAUGUUAGUUCGUUUGAGGUGAACAGGGGUGAAGAUGCAGCCAUGUAGGAAUUAGUGGAUUUAUUGUUUCCAAGGAAACCCCUUCUAAGGGGAAAGAAGAAACGAGGGGGGCAUGGAGGGCCAGGAGAAUGGGGAUAAUGUGGGGAUGUUGGUUCUCGAAGCCAAAUCCCUUCGCCCCUUUAGAACGAAGGAUGAGUAUCUAUACGCCAUGAAGGAGGACCUGGCUGAAUGGUUCAAUUGUCUGUACAAGGAGAUUUGUCUAAAUGCCGACAACUUCCUCGAAAUUCUUGAAACAGGGGUCCUUUUAUGUCAGCACGCGAAUGAAGUUCGAAAAUUCGCGGAGGAGCAAAAACUUAAGGGUACCUUUGAGAUUCAAUCAAAUUUUGUGCGUGAUAUUCAAAUUCCUCAAUAUGACGUGCAGUUUAGAAUAGAUGUUAAACCUGGCACGUUUCUUGCACGAGAUAAUAUAUCAAAUUUUAUCACGUGGACCUCGAAAAUGGGAAUUCCAGAAGUGCUCAGAUUCGAAACGGAUGAUUUAGUGAUGAGAAAAAAUGAAAGAAGUGUUGUAUUGUGUUUGUUAGAGGUAGCACGUGUAGGGGCUAAGUUUGGAAUGUUAGCCCCUACUAUUGUUCAGAUGGAAGAGGAAAUUGACAACGAAAUACAAACAGGGGAACCUCCACCUCAAAUCAAAACAUGUGAUGUCAAGUCCUUAGAUGAAAUGGUUCGAGAGCUGGUAGGAAGAUGCACGUGUCCAGUACAAUUUCCAAUCAUCAAAGUGGGCGAGGGAAAAUACAAGAUUGGUGACAAUCAAACUCUAGUCUUUGUUAGGAUAUUGCGUAAACAUGUGAUGAUACGAGUGGGUGGAGGAUGGGACACCCUGGAACAUUAUCUAGACAGGCAUGAUCCCUGCCGCUGCGGUUUUCAAGGUCACCGCGGGGGAAGGGGCGCUUCAACUCCUAGAAGAGCGAGUACAACAACUGUCUCAAAAUCCUUGCCAGGCACUCCAAAAACCUCGAGAAAGUUAUCAUUGACAGCUCAAGUUAGUUCAACACAUUCCGGAAGCACUCCUCGUCCGGCUUCUCCGAGCAUGCGCAGUGCAUCACCUGGUCCAACCUCUAGAAAACUUAGUUUAACUGGGAAAGGAACUGUACCUCAGCCCGCACAAAGUGUGACGUCCCCAAAUAUUGUACAAAAGAAACCAAACUUCUCUAAUUCCGGCCAGAAUGUCUCUGGAAAAAUUCAAACUGUAAAUCAAACUGGAACUAGUAGUUCCGGAAGUUUCCCAGUAGGGAGUUUUGUGAAACAGUCUCAAAUUAGUCUUUCGCGGCAGUUGUCUUCAGGCUCAACAGGAAGUCAGCCGCCGGCAACACCACGCCGAAGUGCAAGUCCGUCGCCGAGGCCACAGUCGCCGUCACAGAGGAGGAGUGAAUCUCCCGCGCCAGUAAUUGCCAAUCGUCUCAGAAGUCCGUCCCCAGCACCGAUGACUCAAAAAGGCUCGAACCAAGUUCGACCACAGUCAGUUCCGGCAACGCAGAGAUGUGCUUCGCCGGUAAAACAGAUCACCUUGUCAGAACUUAGAUCCUCGCGUGAAGGCAAAGUAAACAGUCAGACGCCUUCACAAACAACACCUAGAUCAUCACGUGACGGGAAGUUAACGUCACAGGCAACGUCAAGAACGCUGCGACGUCAAGCGUCAACAGAUUCAAACAAAAGUCGUGGAUCUGAAACCGAAAUGAUGGCUGAGCCGGGAAGUUCAAAUUUCGCGAUCGACAAGAUCAGUACGAUGUCCCUGGGUGAAUUCAGGAGCCUUUUGAACAGUGCUUUAUCAGUACCGAACGGUAAUACUGAAUCACAGUGUAGUUCCGACUCCCCAAGGUCACAGGGGAGUGUGGAUAGUGGCAGAAAUAUUUCUAGUAAACCUAAAUCCACACCGGCCAAGAGUGCGUACAGUUACAGAUCUGUCAGUGCAAGCAGAACUCAAUCUGGAAAACCGUCCGUACCUUCAAAAUCGGGAAUACAAUCGACCACAAAGACUAAUUUAAGUACACAGAGAACUGCUCAGAAUUUACAAAGCAAUAUAUCAAGUUCCGGUAGACCAACUAGUGCUAAGACUAACUACCGUUCAGUGCCGUCUAGUGGAUACGGACAGGAGAGACCAAAAACUCCAAAUAGUAUGCCAAGAUCGCGUUCAAAUGCCUCAUCUGUCAGUGAUAAUUCAUAUACAUUACAACCAAACAAUCGGUCUACGUUUGCAAGCAGAUCUAGUUCUCACAGUUCUAUUCAGUCCUGUGAGUCAACGGACGAUGGCCGUAACAGUUAUGGAACGGAUUAUGGUGAUCAAACUUCUAAAGUGUUAAGUCCCUCUAGUGUCGAUUCUGAUUAUUCAUUCAGAGGAUCUAGUUGUACAAGUUCAGAAUAUACUCGUUCAAACUCUUAUACUCCGUGUUCAGCCGCGGAAGAGAAAAUAAGACUUGAAAAAUUACAAGCAAGUGCACGUGCUAGUAGUGAACCACGAGAAAACAUAUCCAGUAUUUCAAAGGACAUUCAAAAUGCCUAUGGUGUUCCGGAGUCUAAACCUAUAAAUGUAGGAUAUGCCACAUUUUCUUAUGACAAAGAUGAUGAUUCCAAAGAUUUUAAUGAACUAGAUGAGAUUGAAGAUGAAAUUAUUAAAUCUAGAGACAAAAGUGAAGAUGUGUCUCCAGAGAUCACAGAAUUGUCAAAAACUGAUAAUGAAAUAAGCUCACAGAGCAAUGUCAGGCCUCAAACUCCAUCUGGGAGACAGACGCCGUCUUUCAUUCCGCGUCCCAUAACCCCUAAAGUGUCCCGUAAAUUGAGCCUCCCGCAGAAUGGUGAAACCGAAGCACUUCAAUCGUAUGAUGAAAAGAAGGCAGCGGCAAGACCUCCAACUCCUAAAAAGUCUACUGUAAUUGCUCGUGCGCAUGGAUCUUCAGGUGUGCGUUCUGCAGACAAAAGUAAAGAGCAGACGUACAGGGAACUGUUUCAAAAACGUUCAGCAACGCCGGGUCCAGGAUCGUCGUCUUCAAGCAGCUCUGUGGCUUCUGCCAGAAGGUCUAUGACUCCGGGGCCUUAUUUAAAUAAAACUUCAACAUUACGACCUACUUCAGCAACAACAAAUCGUGCACGCCUUAAUGAAGCAAUGGAAGGAAACAAAGGAACAUCUUUGUCAGUAUUUAGUGAUAACAAAGAGAAUUCAAACAUAUCAUCUACAAAACGGACACAAAUAAUUGACAAGAAAAUGUUGACUAAACAAAACUCAACUGACCAAUCAGAAGCUGUGAUAGUGGUAAAUGUAGACCGGUCAGAAGGCCGGCAUUCUUUAUCGGUGCAAGGUGAAAAUGAGCCAAGACAAAAUGUUAAUAAGCCUAAAGUUCUUGCUAGAGCUAGAACGGAAGACAAUCGUGCUAGAACUCCUACCAGGUCAACACCUGGUAUAACGCGGCAGAGGCCGCAGAGUGUAGAACCGCGACAACUUAUUCCGCGGAAACAAUCUGGAAAGAACGCGGAAACAGUCUUAACAGUAAAACGUAAUGAGAACGGAACACAUGGAGUUUAUGAUAGAACUCAGGAAUGGGUACAGACCGCGGUUGAACAGACUAAGGUUGUGCAGAAAACAAAAGUGAAUAGAACAUUUACGCCUAGAGCUCGUAGGGCAAUGACUCCAAAUUCGUUUGAUAUGAGAAUAGAUCAAGAGAAAGAGGAACCGAGAUCGCUCGAAGAAAUAAAAGCAGCACUGACUUUACCAAUUAAUGGAUUAAAUGAUAUAAAUCCUGAUAAAAUUGAUGCCCCGCCCGAAGAUCCGGAAAUGUAUGCAACAAUGGAAAAAUUGUUUCAUGAACUCAGACAACAAGAGCUGAAGAACUCAGUAAAUGAAACACCAGGAAGUAAUGUGGCAGGUUCAAAGGUUGCAAAAUCAAAAUCUUCGAAAUCAAACAGUAGUAACAAUGACGAAGAAAUGUCAUUAGAUAGCAACAGAAAUAUAAAAACAAAGACAUUGUCCGUUUCCACAAAAAGUUCGUCAAAUGUAACAUCACCCACAGUGCAGAGGUCGAGCAGAAUGAAUCAGACCCCGCGCGGACAGUCCAUGUCCCGCACGAGCUCAACAUCCAGUGCAAGCGCUUCUCAGUUUUCAAAUUCACAGGCUGGGAAAGGCGACCAGUACACAAAGAAAGCAAGCACAAGUUCGUCCGCUCAGUCAGGACCCGUAUCUACACCAAGAGCAUCAAGGCCAAGCUCACCGGGUCCGUCCGCUAGACGACCGCCAUCCCCUCGCACCACUACUCAUAACACGCCAAGACCAGAAUCUCCGAGGAUUACUUCACAACCGCCGCGUCCUGCCUCGCCAAGGGUUAAUUCGCAUCCUCCGAGACCCGCUUCGCCGCGAGUAUCUCCACAGACUUCUCGACCAGCCUCUCCAUCGUUAAGAACGAAUUCAGAUUCAUCACGUGGUUCAACCCCGAGUCGAACACAACCUCCACGACCAGCGUCCACUCCUCCGCGAGCUUAUUCACCUGUCGCUAGACAGAGUUCAAAAUCAAGCGAGGAUAAUGACAACGUUUUUGAAAAAGAUAAAAAAUCAGAUUCAGGUAGUAUUAUGAAAAAAAUUAAAGAAAUUAUUAAAGUGAACCCUAGAAAAGACAAAACUGAAAGUGGGAAGGGUAAAUCUAGAAUUCCCGCUCCAAAAUCACUGGCAAGCGCUGGUAAAUCACGUUCAUUCUCAAAUUUAUCAAACCUCUCACAUUCGUUGUCAAUGGGUAGUGAGGAGAGCAAUGGACACUCAUUUGAGGAACAUAACAUGAACGGUUACGGUGAAUAUAUAAAUGGUGGACUUAAUGUUACCUUGUCUGGGAGAUCCGAAACACCUAAACCAAAACUAAACACUCCAUUGACUACCGGAAGAUCUUCCUUAAUACGGAAGGAGAGUAUGGAGAAAAAUAAAAGUAACGUUACAAAUAGACUAGUGAGGGCCAUGUCUGUUGAGAGAAAUAUGUCGGGGCUGAAUAACACUUAUCAUUUUUGUGACGAAGGGGAGUAUGUUUAGCGACAGUGAUAUAGAAUUUUGAUGACAAAUGUAAAAACAUAUGUGAAUGAGGGAGAAAACAUAGACUAAAGAUAUUUUUAGAACAGAUAUAAGUACAAAUGAGAAUAUGUGAUACUCGAAUUAAGUACAGCUGAAUACAUGGUGUAUGACUUUAAUGUGUUGUACAGAAUUAUGGAAACAUAUGAAAUAUGGGAAAUAAUAUCAUAGAUUCCCGUAAUAUUCUGCCAAAUGUUACGAACACAGUCAGAAUGUAGUACUUACUUUAAAUUCUAUGGUUUAAAGAAAUGUAUUAAAUUUACAUACUGUUCUAAACAUAGUAAGAUACAGGUUUGCAGAAGAGUUUUGCGUAAAGCCUAUGAAAAAAAAGUCUUUUUUUAUAAACUGACAACUAUUUUGUCACUGCGGAACGUGAUAGUAAAAAUGUACUAAUCAUCUGCUAAAAUUGACAUUUGUAUUCAAAAUGUAAACAACAGUUUUUACUGUUUUGCAUAUGUUUAACAUAAACACAGUGGUUCAUUUAUAAAGAAAGAUUAACAAGGUAUUGUGGUAAUUGGAAUCUUUGAUCAUUAAUAAUUGAGGAAAUCGCGUUUCAUGCAAGAUUUGAAUUUCAUAAAAAAAUGGAAGUAAAAUUCGGAGUUGUUGAAAAGUACUUAUGGUGGAUAUGAAUUGAAUAAACAUUUUCUCCCGCUUAUCCUUGCUAUUUUAACCUUGAGUGUGAACUUUCGGCUCAAUUGUUUAAUGAUAGCCUUACAUUCGUUGAUGAUUUUGUUGUUAUUUUAAAGAAGCAUUUUUCUUCAAUAAGAAAAAAAUCUCCUUUUCAAAAUGAUCUUGGUCGGCAGCAGAAUUCUGCCUUAUUUGUAUGUAUGCGUGUGUAUGUUAGCUGGUUGAAAAUAAGAGAGAAUGGUUGUAAAUGUUUUUAUUUUAUUCACUUGAUGAUCUUCUAUAGCUUUGGUUGUAGGAAAAGCCAGUCUGUGAUAGUUUCAGUUUUAGAACACAAUUAUUGUAUAAAUAUUUUGUUUUCCAUAUUUAUUUUGUUUAUUUUCACCUUGACCAUUCAGCUUUUAGUCAUUCUUGGCUUUAUAAAUCCAUUUCCAUAAUUUAUAAUUUCAUAUUGAUAUGAUAUAUUUCUUUGUUGUUUUUUUUUUUUAAUCUGACUUCAUUUUGGUAUAUGACUCCUUGAUAUUCUUUUUCAUUAUACUGUCAACUAUCAAACGUUUUCAUUUUCCGGUAAUGUAAAAUGCAAUAUGGCCUGUAAAUUUUUUUAACCUAUAUUAUAAUGUGAAAUUUACCUGAAAAAUAUACAGUACAAAUUUUGAGGUUGUUAACAUAUUUAAUUUGAAAAAUGUCUUUUCAUUAAAGUUCAUUACGUUAUUUACUUUUAUCACUUACAAAUGAACUGUCAGAAAGGAAAAAAAUGAUUAAAUAAAUCAAGAGUGAUGUUAUUCAUACGAUUAUACUUAAUAAUAUCAUAGAUUAUUACUGAAAAAUGAUGUCUAUAGUAUGUACGUAAAAUUUCUUUGAAAAUAGAAAUUGCUGUGAUAUUAGAACUGAGAUAGAACACAUAGAGUUAUAUGAAUACAGAUAUAUCUCUCUUUACAUCUAAUUUUAUAUUUAAAAAUAACAUAAUUUUUAUUGAAAGUUUUAAAAAGAAUCUUGUGUAAUAUAUUAUUCUACUGAAAUAAUAGUGACUCUUAGACACUCGUCUAAAAUCAAGAUGUAAAGACAUUUAGAGGGAACUAUUUUGGGAGUUUAUAUACCAGGUCAGGGUGCUCAACGGGUCGGAUGAUAAAUUAGUAUGCAUAUACAUUAAAAGAGACUUCACAGGAAGAUUUAAGAACGCUAUAAUUUUUUAUUUGCAAAAUUAACCAUCACUGUCUUUUUAAUUUCUGACUUCACAUUAAGGUUGUACACAUUAAGGUUGAACACAUUAAGGUUGUGGACACAAAAUGACGAUUGUCAAUGUCUGUUUGAUUACGUAAUCUCAAAAUACGAUUUCAGCACAGAAAUCUGCCGAAGAAUGCCGAAGUAGGACCGGUGGAAUACGUAAUCACACGAAACUUUCCGAAUGUCUUUACGGGUCCACUAACUUAUAUCGAUUUAUAUCUUUAUCGGAUGGCAGUAGCGUUGUUGGUUAUAAAGUGCAGAUUUUUUUCUUAUUUUGCUUGUUCGUACAUUCAUAUAUUAUUCUUAACAAUUUUAUCCUUUUUCACACCCGACCACCUCGACCUGGCUUACACAUAUCGGUAAUUGGAAUUCGCAAUAAUGUUAUGUAGACAUGCGUGUCUUAGAUAUUAUACUAGAUGGGAAGAUGGAUAUUAUAUCAAUACAAUGUAUGAAUGUAAAGUAAUGUCAUCAAAUUAUUUAUUAUUUUUAAUAUUCAUUCAGAUGUGAAAUAUCUGAAUGUCUUUCUACAUUGACCAUUAACUUGCAAUAAACAUGAUGAAUAUCCUU